GCCAAGCCUGGUAGACAAUGUGGCCACGCCAUUUAAUUCUCACACCGACACUAACUCAGAUUCUUCACCUAUAAAAACAUCUCAAAAUCGUGCGCCUGUGUUUUGUCUUAAACUAUAAUUUCCACAUUUCAUCUCGUAUCUAUUUAUAUAAUCAUCUAAUACAACACAAUCCCAUAUCAAACCCCUCUGCAACAUCUUACGUGACAAUCCUCAACACCGCCAUGAAGGUAAUCGACAAGAUCCGCGCCUCUCAGAACGACGUCGUCUUCUCCUUCGAAUUCUUCCCGCCAAAAACCGAGGAAGGCGUGGAGAAUCUGUUCGAGAAGAUGGAGAGAAUGGUGGCGCAUAACCCCACAUUCUGUGACAUCACAUGGGGUGCCGGAGGAUCCACCGCUGAUCUCACGCUUGAGAUCGCCAAUCGGAUGCAGAACAUGGUCUGCGUCGAGACCAUGAUGCAUUUGACGUGUACUAAUAUGCCUGUGGAUAAGAUUGAUCACGCACUGGAUACCAUUAAGAAGAAUGGGAUUCAGAAUGUGCUGGCGCUGCGCGGUGAUCCGCCUCAUGGGCAGGAUAAGUUUGUGCAGGUUAAGGGAGGGUUUUCGUGUGCUCUUGAUCUUGUCAAGCAUAUGCGCUCUAAAUACGGUGACUACUUUGGCAUUACUGUUGCAGGCUAUCCAGAGGCGCAUCCAGAUGUAAUACAGAGUACCGGAGAGGCCACGUUAGAGAGCUAUAAGAGUGACAUGGCUUACCUAAAGAAAAAGGUGGAUGCCGGAGCAGAUGUUAUUGUCACCCAACUAUUCUAUGAUACAGAUAUUUUCCUCAAGUUUGUAAAUGACUGUCGGGAAAUUGGAAUAACCAUUCCAAUAGUUCCUGGCAUCAUGCCCAUUAACAACUAUAAGGGUUUCAUCCGAAUGACCGGGUUUUGCAAAACCAAGAUACCUGCUGAAGUUACAGAUGCUUUGGAAUCCAUCAAGGACAAUGAAGAAGCUGUCAGAGCUUAUGGAAUUCACCUUGGAACUGAAAUGUGCAAGAAGAUCAUGGCUACAGGAAUUAAGCAAUUGCAUCUUUACACUUUAAACAUGGAGAAAUCGGCAUUGGCAAUAUUAACGAAUCUUGGACUGAUUGAGGAGUCUAAAAUUUCAAGGCCUUUGCCAUGGAGACGGCCAACCAAUGUUUUCCGUGUUAAAGAAAAUGUCCGCCCAAUAUUCUGGGCUAAUCGUCCAAAGAGCUAUAUAUCAAGAACUAUAGGCUGGGAGCAAUACCCAAAUGGUCGAUGGGGUGAUUCCUGCAACGCUUCGUAUGGAGCUAUGGCGGAUCAUCAGUUCAUGCGACCACGUUCACGUGAUAAGAAACUUAAUGAAGAAUGGGCUGUCCCUUUGAAAAGUAUUGAAGAUGUUUAUGAGAGAUUUAACCUGUUCUGCCUGGGAAAAUUGAAAAGUAGUCCGUGGUCGGAGUUGGACGGGCUUCAACCAGAGACUAAGAUUAUCAAUGAGCAGCUUGGGAGUAUUAACUCCAAAGGCUUUCUCACAAUCAAUAGCCAACCAGCAGUUAAUGGAGCAAAAUCUGACUCUCUGUCUGUUGGAUGGGGAGGCCCGGGUGGCUAUGUUUAUCAGAAGCCUUACGUAGAGUUCUUCUGCUCUAGUCAGAAAUUACAUGCUCUUGUCGAGAAAUGCAAAGCCUUCACGUCGCUCACCUAUAUGGCUGUGGAUAAAAAAGGAAGCUGGGUUUCUAACAUCGGCAACUCUGAAGUAAAUGCGGUGACAUGGGGUGUGUUCCCUUCAAAGGAAAUCAUACAACCAACUGUGGUGGAUCCUUCCAGCUUUUUAGUGUGGAAGGAUGAGGCAUUUGAACUCUGGUCUAAAGCUUGGGCACAAUUAUACUCUGAAGAGGACCCUUCAAGAAAAUUGGUAGAAGAGGUACAGAACAGUUACUUCCUGGUCAGCUUGGUAGAUAAUGAUUACAUCAAUGGUGAUAUAUUUGCUGUUUUCAAAGAAAUUUUGAAGAAAUUUUCUGUACACGGGUGAACAUUAGCAGAUAAUCGGGUAUGACUUGCAUGGUUUGACUGAAAUUAUUAUCAUCAUCUUUGUGGUUUUUAGUUCUAGUGUACAACCUUACUGUUCCGUUCUGUACUGUAAUAAUAAGAUUCAUUAGAUUCUGAUU